UAUGGUGGUGAUCACAAGAAUGAUGUGUUAAGCCCACAUGUUUGGAUCUACGCAACAUGAUAUGCUUUCACAUGUAUUUACGUUUAUAAACGUUUUAUUUGAGUACUUUUUAUGAGCUCGUCCUGCUGGCACGAGACACAAAAUUAGCAGAAAUACCGUGAGAUCUCACUGGCCCUGGAUAUCAGUUACGGAACUAGCACGCCCUCUCGCGUGAAUAAACGAGAACUGACAGAAGACGACCGGUCGUCGGUUACCAUAGAAACCACCAUGCGAACCAUGCUAAGGCUACGUUUAUCGAGCCACGCUCGAAAGUAGGUUUACGUUUUAGCAGGAUCACAAAAGUUAUCCGCAUCAUUUUCCAGGAUGGCUUAUUCCAGUACUUACAGCAAAAAAGUGAAGUUGGGAAACUGGUUUCAAGAGAAUCUUUUUGAAGAGGAUGGUAAGAAUGACUACCUUGAGAAAAAAAGGAGGGGUGAGCUUGUUACCCAAAAAGUAGACUUCCUCAAAACAAACAUUUUGAGACCGGUGAAUCUCACUAUGACAAAUGAUGGGAGGCUGCACUUCGGGGAUGUUGUGAUGCUGGUGAACAUGGGAGGAGAAAAGAGGGAGUGCAGUGCAGUGAGCAUUAGAGCAGACAUCAACAGUUUGAAGAGGAUUCCUUUGGCUGGCAUUAAAGCCCCAUGUGGAGUCAGUGCAGGAAGUUGUAUUCAGGCCUGCGUGGCCACCGCUUUCAUCAUUACCAGUGUUGAUGGCAGUCCUGAAGGAUCGACUCUGCAUUUUGAGCAAAGCUUUGCUCUAAAAACAACGAGUGGCUUUGCCGGCGGUCUUUACCUGACGAGUGACAUGCAAAGUUUUCAAAAGUGUGCCAUGAAGUCCAGGCUACAAGAAGUAAACUUGGACGACAGCGGUUCCUUUAUGUCAUGGUGGAAGGUAGUCCACUUUGACCCCCAGGAGAGGCUUGAAUAUGAAGGACAACCUGUUCCAGUAAAUAUGACUGUGCUGAUCAAACACUGCAAGACAAACCAGGCUCUCGCUGUUCUGGGAGAUCAUGUCCUUUGGACCACAUAUGACAAAGGGUAUGAGCUGACGGCUCACACCUUCCUGGACUCGCACAAAGCCGAGCAGGACAACAACCACUGGAUACUUUGCACCUCCGACUCUGCAGGGAAAGGGCCCGUAACUCUCAGCCACCCACCGUCAGCGGGAAACAACGAGGAGCCCCCACCUGCAAACCCUGAUGUCUAAAUCCACAGUAACACAGUUCACCCUAAUGCAGUAACGGGUACAAAAAUACGGCAGAUGGAUACUACAUCGCUGAUAAAACUUUAACCCUUUUAAAAUAAAGCUUGAUUUUGUUUUA